UGGUUGCUAAGCGGCGCUGGGCUGGAAGCGAAUCGAGGCGCGAAAGAGCCCUUGGCCGGCGGGACCGAGAGGAGGGCGCCGCCCUCAGGCUUGGAUGCUGGGACCGUUCGCGGACUCGUAGCCUCCCUUGCUUUCGGACGUUGCGUGUUGUGCCGUCCUCCAGAGCAGGGAGCCCAGCUGCCCUUUAACUGAAAAGUGGCCUGGCUGGAAAAUGGGCACGAAGUCUGACCAGCUCCUGAUUGUGGUUUCUAUCCUGGAAGGGCGUUAUUUUCCCAAACGUCCAAAGCAUACACUUGUGGUAGAAGCAAAGUUUGAUGGUGAAAAUUUAGCUACAGACCCUGUAGAACAUACUGAUCAACCUGAAUUUGCCACAGAAUUAGCUUGGGAACUUGACAGGAAAGCACUUCACCAACACAGAUUACAGCGUACACCCAUUAAGUUGCAAUGUUUUGCUCUGGAUGCUUUAUCUGCAGCCAAAGAGACUGUAGGUUACAUUGUGCUUGAUUUAAGAACUGCUCAAGAGAAGAAGCAGCCACCAAAAUGGUAUCCUUUACUCAGCAAUAGAUACACAAAAUUUAAGCCUGAACUACAUCUAAGUCUGAUGUUAGAAACUGAUACCAAGGCAUGUGUGGAUGGGUUUAAAGCAAAGGAAGCACCACCCAGAGAUGUAACAGUACCUCUUCAGCUGCCUGGAUUGGAUCCUAAAAAUCUUGUAGCAGUUCUGAAUGAAGAGGAAGGAUAUCAUCAAAUUGGACCUGUCGAAUAUUGCAGAGACUCCUUUGUUUUGUCUGUUACAGUUGCAUUUGCUACCCAGCUAGAACAGCUAAUACCUACCACAAUGAAACUUCCAGAACACCAGCCUGAAUUCUUCUUCUACUACUCACUGCUGGGCAAUGAUGUUACCAAUGAACCAUUCACAGACUUAAUGAACCCGAACUUUGAACCAGAGAGAGCAUCUGUUAGAAUACGCAGUAGCACUGAAGUUCUAAGGGCUUAUUUUUUGGCUCACCCUAAGUUGCAGAUUCAUCUUUGCUGUGGCGACCAAUCUCUUGGAAGCACAGAAAUACUUCUAACUGGCUUGCUGAGGAAAGCAAAUAUGGAAAUCCAUCAACAUCCAGUAGCUAUCGAAGGAGCAUUUGUUCUUGUCCCACCUAACAGAGCUCGACAAAAACUACCACCAGUGCCUUUGGAUAGUGCACCUACUGUUGGGGUAUCCGUAUCUCUACAAAAAGAUACCAAAGUGUCUCAGGCUGCAGUUCCAUUAGUUUCAAAGGCUGAAUCUGAAAAUGUGAAAAGAGCUUUGUCUACAAUAAAUAAGCAAGAAGGAAAUCCUGAACCCACUUCCCAUAAUGUACCACCUCAGACUCACCAGUCCCCUUCCGUAAAAGAAGAUGCAACUGAAAGUGAAGUGGAAAGUCUUAAGUAUGACAAGAAUCCAAGGCCACAGAAAAGAGACUUGAAUGCUGAAGCAGUUCCUUCAGCGAUUCAACAUGGCAGUACUUCUCAGUCUACUACAGGGCAAAAAAUUGCUGUUCCUGCUGCAUCCCAUCAUUUCUGUUUCUCGAUAGACUUAAGAACUCUCCAUAAUCUAGAUGUUGGGUUCCCUGUCAAUUGCAUGUUAAGGUACUCAUAUCCAUUUUUUGGCAGUGCUGCACCUAUCAUGACAAACCCUCCUGUGGAAGUAAGAAAAAACAUGGAAGUGGUUCUUCCGCAGUCCUAUUGUGCAUUUGAUUUUGCAACUAUGCCCCAUCAACUGCAGGAUACUUUUCUCAGAUUACCAUUGCUGGUGGAGCUGUGGCACAAAGAUAAGACAACAAAAGAUUUGCUUGUAGGUGUUGCAAGACUUCAGCUUUGUAAAGUUCUGGCUGUAGAAAAAACACGCUUUCUAGGAACUAAUGGGGAGCAGUGCUGGCGCCAGACCUUUAGUGACACAAUCCCCGUUACAGCAGCACAAGGGCCAAGCAACAAGAUAGCAGAUCUUUCAUACACGGUGACACUUGAAGAUUAUGGACUUCUAAAAAUCCAUGAGGUUCUGGUAUCUGAUUCUUCUCAGAAUUUAGGUGCUGCUAAACCACCACCAGUUCCUGCAGCCCAGGCACGUAAUGUUACUGAAGUACAUCCAGAGCCACGAGAAACUCUAGAAUACAAAGCAGCACUUGAACUAGAAAUGUGGAAAGAGCUACAAGAAGAUCUUUUUGAAAAUCAGCUGAAAAAGAAAGAGUUGGCUUAUAUGCAAGCUCUUGCAGAAGAAUGGAGAAAAAGAGACAGAGAAAGGGAAGCAUUAGUAAAGAAAAAAGUUGCAGAAUAUACAGUUUUGGAAGAAAAGCUUCAAAAAACGUUGACUGACUUAGAGAAGCGUGAAAAACAACUUGUCAGUGCAGAAAGUGAGCUCCAAAUAUUGAAGAAAGAGCUCCAAGCAGAGCAUGAGAGAAAUCAUCAGGAGCUUCAAGAUGCAACACGGCGGGUCAAAGAAGAAUGUGUACAUCAGGUUGAGCUGGAGAGGUCAAAGAUCAGACAGUUGGAAGAGGACAAGCUCCGCCUUCAUCAACAACUGAAUGAAGCACAAAACAAGCAAAAGGUGCUGGAGAAAGAGUUUCAGCAGUACAAGGAGCAGCAAAGUAGCAAACCAGAAAUCCGACUACAAUCAGAAAUAAGUAUUCUAACUUUAGAGAAGGGGGACCUUGAAAGGAAGCUGGAAUCUGCCACCAAGGCGAAAUUGCACUACAAGCAACAAUGGGCGCGAGCUUUAAAGGAACUAGCAAGGCUAAAACAGCGUGAGCAGGAGAAUGCCAUGGCCCGCCUUAAAAAGCAGCAACAAGAGCUUGAGCAUAUGAGACUGCGGUACCUGGCAGCAGAAGAGAAAGAAUUGGGGAAGGCACAGCGGCAGGAGCUAGAGGAUAUCAGAAAUGAACUGAACAGAUUAAAACAAGAAGAAGACAGAAAGCAAUCACAAGAUGCACAAGACGUUUUGGGGGUGCAACUGCAAAACUCUCACAUUCGGCAAGUAGAUGAGAGUUUAGAUGACUAUCUUGCACGACUAAUAGAAGAGAGGGAUACCUUAUUGAGAACAGGUGUGUACAAUCAUGAAGACCACAUCGUAAGUGAGCUUGAUCGUCAAAUCAGCGAGGUGCUUGCCAAGAGAAGCAGAAGCAAGUAACCAAACCUGCAAAAUGGAAUUUUAAUUUUUCUUCAUAAAAAGUCUGUGUUUUAAUGAAUGGUUCAUUUUAUAAGUUACUGAAGGAUUUGCACACACGUUCUGCUUUUGUCUCCCAAGACUUACUGCAGUAUAAAAGUAGCUCUAUUCUACUGUUGAAGCCUUAAGAGAAAAGAAGCAUUAACUGAUUUUUUACACGAUGUUAAAAUGUCUGGACAUAUUUAAAUAUUUAUUUUUGCAGAUGGUUGAGUAUUCCACAACUCCUCCCUGUUGCCUCUGCUUGUUUUAUUUAUAGAAGCUUUUAAAACUUCAGUUCUGCAUUUCUGUUCAGCAUUUUAAUUACUUGUUUUAUAACUGUUUACCUGUCCAUGUGUUUUAAUAGAUUUACAUAGAAACAGUUCAAUAAAAUUGCACUAGGAGAAAAGCCUAACAGAAACAUACCCGAUUAUUUAAAUUGAGCCUAUGUGUAGAUACAUUGUACCUUGUCACAUUUGCAAAUGUUCAUUAUAUUUAUGAAUUAUUCUAAACAAACUACUAUAACUGCCAUUCAAGAGGCCAAAUAUUUAACUGUAUUUUGUAUGAUGAAGAUCACUCCUAGUACGUAUUUUCUGUUAAAAUGUUUCAUCUUUGUUAACGGCAAGGAAUUAGACCUAGAUUAGUCAUAUUUAGAAUAGACCCACUGAAAUUUGAAUUUACAUUUGUCAGAAUUAACUUGUCACAUUGAUUUCUGAGGGUCGGUUCUAAACAUGACUGAAUCUGGAUCCAAUCCAAAAGAAUGUGCCUAAUCUGUUCGUUUUAAUGAGUCAUGUGCUAUUCUGAAGUAAAAGUUGGAAGAGCACUUCAGGAAUGUUUGAUAGAACAUGCCAGAGUUUUAAGUUUGAGCAGUCAUGCAGAAAACCUUCUAACCUAUUAAAGCAUCUUCUAUGCAUUGUAAGUUUACAACCAUAACAGUACAUUGAUAUGGCCUGUUUUCUAUACACUGAUAGUAUUUGCAUGAGAGAAAUUAUGCGCAUGUUAAAUUAUAUGAAGACUGUUGGGUAUGUGCAUUUGUGAUGAUAAGGCAACUAUAUGUAAUGAUUAUCCAGUCCAUGCACUCAGUCAGAAGAAAACACAAAGCCAUUUGGAUAUUAUGCUUGCAUCCUCCUACACAUGACACAAACAUUCAUCAUGGUUAAUUUAAACCUCAAAUAAUGCCCACCACUUGAGUUUAGAUGACAGCAGAAGCCAUGGCAAAUCCCAAGUGGGGUUUGCAUAUUCACAGUGAUAGACAGCAUGCAUCACGGUGCCCCAAGGGUUAACUCAUGUCGUGCUACUGUGUCAUCCAAACCAAGUCUGUUGUAGGGAAUGAGCAUUUCAUAAAUAGGUCAGUGAAUCACUCCAGAGGGUUUUAAUUAAAAACCUUGAAAACAAAUCUAACUGUAUCAGACUGCAUGCAUAUUGGAAAAGAAAUAUAAAGCUUUCAGAAAGUGAGGUAAAUUUAAUUGAAUCAAAGGAGUUAUUAAAUGCUAGUAAUAUGGUUUUGAAUUAUUAAAUCUGUGCAACUGACAAUACAACUGGCUAAAUUCAAAGAAAUCACUCAUUGUUAUGAUGCACAGCUCAAUUCAGUAUCUCAUAAAAAACCAUGGAAGGAACCUGCAACCUAGAUUUUAUUUCUGACCAGAUAUCCUCUAGCUGAGCUACAGAAAUCUGAAUUUCCCAACACUGCAGUGUGGAGUGUAGCUAUUUAGGGCAUGAUUGAAAUAAGUCCAUUGUCAUGUGCAUGGAACACAUGUGGUUGCUCUCUUCUGUAGCAUAGAUGGGAAUGCUUUUCCCAUUCCAUUAACAGGAACCAUCAUGAAUGUCACCUCUGUAUGUAAACAGAGCUCUUUCUGAAUUGGGACUGCUAUGGUUGCAAUUGAUGCCAGUGUCUUGUUAUAUCUGAUACUCUUAGGAUAUUUGGGCUACUACUUGUUUGUUGCAGCAGUUGAUGAAUAAGAAUUUUUCUCCCUUGAUGCAUCUUGCAUGGCAAUGGCCAUAAAUAAAAUGUUGGAGCCACACAUGUAGCCUUGUUCACGUUGGCCAUGGUGGCUGAACAGUAAGCCAAUUAAUUCUUAAAGUUGAAUAUAAGAAAAUCUGAAGGCUUGACUCUGUUACAUUCUUGUUACAUCCAGAUGUGCAGUUUGUAAAACUUCUUGCAAAAAAUGCUUGUUGAAUACAGGUAAAUUUUACACAGUAUUUUAGUCUACUACAUUCUAGUAAAAAAACGGGCUCUAUGUUUUGUGUAUUAUGAGACAAAACUGAAUUUAAAAAUCUUAGCAGCUGCUUUUAUUUGAAAACAAUCUAGAUGUAUCAGCUAUUCAGUUCUGUCUCAGAGACAUUUUGUCUUACCUGUAGCCGUGUUCCCAUACAGGUUUUUUAAGGUUUUGUAUUUCUUGUUUAGCAAUUGCAACGUAAAAAACCAGAUGCAAAUUGGUUUAUAUCAUUGUUUCUAAAUGGACCAAAAAAGGAGGAAAUUAAGUUUUCUUAUAUAAUUAAUUUUGACUAAUUAUACCAAUAGUAUCACAAAUAAUUUUGUGUUAUCAAGGAGUGUGUAUGUAUGUGUGAAAUAUUUUAACUGAAUGGCAUCAAUAAUUUGACAUACUAACACUGGGAAUAAUGAAUACGUGCUACAACGACAAUUUGUAAAUAUGAAUUGUGCAGUGUUAGUGUUUUAUUAACAUGUGAACAGAGGAAAUGUUCAAUAAAUCCGGAAUGUUCUUAUCUUUCAAGUGAGUUACAUGCUCCAGAGCCAAAAUAGAUCUGAUCAUGUUCUAGGUUUGCAGUUGUCUUUCAAACACUAGAGGGGGGCCUAACAUUAAAUGAGGUCAGUUUUUAAAAUCCAGAGUACUUUUUUAAGCUUUAGUGAAUAUGUGUUUUAUUAAAUGGAGGUUAUUAAAACA